AUGAGGACAAGGGAUGGUGGGAACUACGACGAAGAAACGGAAGAUACCCAAGAUAAUUGGAUUUUAGACGAAAUCUUGUCUGCUAAGACCAGAAGAACAGAAAAUACACCUGGCAGUGCAAAUCCUGAUAUUUUUGAUUUUACAAUAGAAGAGGAGUCGGAAAUACCACCUGUCAUUAUAGGGAAAGCCCUACCAGCAGUAGCAGUACCAGGACCAUGCUUAUACAAAGAAGGGGACUUCGUGUGUACAGACGUGCCGGAGUAUGCUGGGGAGUGGCCACAGGUCUGCCGAGUUAUUGCUGCAGAGGAGAAUCACCUUGUUGUACACUGGUACAAGGGCUCCAAAUCUACGACCUGGACCCCCUGUACGAGAAGAAUGAAGGGCCAGAAGGGGCGUACUGAGCCAUGGAUCGAGAGAGUGGCUAGGGAGUAUGUGUGGUCCACGCCAUUUCGGCUCACCUCUGCUGGGCACAUCCCAAAGAAAAUGAAAGACAGGCUGGAUGAAUACAGCUUCUGAUUGACUGAAUUUGAAGAAAGACAAAGACAAGGAAGAAAGGAAGAAAGAGUUUAUUUAUUUAUUUAUCUAUUUAUUUAUUUAUCUAUUUAUUUAUUUAUCUAUUUAUUUAUUUAUUCAUCUAUUUAUCCUAUGUAUUUAAUAAAAGAUUGAUUUACUUGAAAUAAAUAAAUUGUUUUUUUCCCCCUGAGCUUAAAUGUCCUCUUUACUUAAAACAAUAUGAUCUGUAUUAUUUAGAAUUUUAUUUUGCUGCAAAAACCUGCUAGUAUGAUAAGUCUGUAUAUAGCUUAAACCUUUCUGAUAAAUAAGACUUGGAAAAUAUUUUUUCUUUGCCAGAAGAAGGAUUUCUCUUCUCGGGAAUAAACAGCAGAUCGUUUUGUAAAGGACGACAAUAAUUCAAUUUUGCGUCGGAAC